UGUUCGAAACCUCCCAAACCUCCCACUCGAACCUCUCGCAAAGUAAACCCCGACUACCAACUCGAACGACGAGCAAUAUUCAGCAAGGUGGAUAUAUUCAAUGAAAGUCUUUUCUUUCUUUCUUUCUUUUUUUAUUGAUCUCCGAUCCCAGGAAUGGCUGUACAUCUGUCACGUCUCGCACUUCCAAACCACAGGCGACUAUUACACCCUCUCCAUCGCCGACCUGUCCUUCUUUAUUAUUCGAGACAAGCAGGGGGCAAUCCAGGCGUUCCAUAACGUCUGUCGACAUAGAGCAUACCGCAUUACCAGCAAGGAAAACGGAUGUGCGCCCGUGCUUCGGUGUCGGUAUCACGGCUGGAGCUACAAUACAGCCGGCCAACUGAUCAAAGCGCCGCAUUUCGAGAAUGUUGCGUCUUUCGACAGGCGGGAAAACGGGCUGUUCCCGAUCCACACAAAGGUUCUUUCCAAUGGGAUGGUUUUCAUCAACUUGAGUGCGAGUACUCAACCGCCGAUGGAAUGGGAGGACAGUCCGGUUGUCAACCUUGCGGCUGAUUCUCUUUGGAUGGGUGGCUGUUCUAUCGAGACCAGACUUGACUGGAAGGGAAUCCCUGAUCUCUGCGUUCGACCGUCGUGGUGGUCUACUGCGAAGAAGGUCCAUUUCUUUUUCCCGUCUUCAUCCGUGUAUGCUCUUGAUACGUCGAUGUGGUAUACCGUUUCUGCCUGGCCCCAAGAGAAUGGCGAGACAAGGGUACGGUGCGAUGUGUACGCCAAAGAGAAAGGCAAGCAAAAAACAGCGGAAAGGGUUUUGACGCUGUUGAAAGAGAGAAUCAACGCGACGACGCAAGAAACACAAAUCUCCGACUCGAUCGUCGAACUCGAACACGAGGUCAAGAUCCGGCUCAAGAUGCACCGCCAGCUGGAAGAAACACUCGGCCGACAGGUCCACCCGACGAAGCAGGAACAGAGAGGCCAUGAACGGUUCGCGCAGGCGGAGAAGUUGUGUGCGGAUCUCGAGUGUCUAGCGAGCAAAGCUGCUCCGGGCGGUGUUCUGGCAUGGUAACAAUUAGAGACAUUAUGUGUCAUUCUUAUCCAUAGAGUCAAUGGCGUUAGCUAUAUCAAUCAAUACCUUAUAAACUAUUAAUGAAGAAUUGUACCCUGG